AAAUGAAAAAAAAAAAAAAAAAAAAAAUCACGGGCAUUUCUGUAAAGCCCAUAUUCACGACUCUAAUAACUGUUUCCUUUUUUAAUAACCUUGUCCUGAAAUUACAAUCCUUUACAACUCUAAACCACUAUCGGAAGACCCCCUCCCCCUCCCAAAAAAAAAAGAAGCCAGUUGUGUUGCAGAAAGUGGCAAUGGCAGGUGUCGGAGGAGGGAACGAUUUCCAAUGGUGCUUCUCUCAGGUGAAGGGAGCCAUAGACGAAGAUGUGGCUGAAGCCGACAUAAUCUCAACGGUUGAGUUUAACUAUUCUGGAGAACUCCUAGCGACGGGAGACAAGGGAGGUCGUGUCGUCAUUUUCCAACGGGAACAAGAGAGUAAAAACCGUCCUCAUUCCAGAGGAGAAUACAAUGUGUACAGCACUUUCCAGAGCCAUGAACCCGAGUUCGACUAUUUGAAAAGCUUAGAAAUCGAGGAGAAAAUCAACAAAAUAAGAUGGUUACCUCAACAAAACGCUGCACACUCUCUGCUCUCAACAAACGACAAAACCAUCAAGCUGUGGAAAAUCAGCCAACGAGACAAACGAGCAGAAGGCUACAACUUGAAAGACGAGGAUGGAAGACUGAGAGAUCCUUUUAGAAUCACGUCGUUACGGGUGCCUGUGCUGCUGCCUAUGGACCGGAUGGUGGAGGCCAGUCCAAGGAGGAUAUUCGCUAACGCACACACAUAUCACAUCAAUUCCAUCUCUGUAAACAGUGAUCACGAAACGUACCUUUCAGCUGAUGAUCUCAGGGUUAACCUCUGGCAUUUAGAAAUCACAGAUAGAAGUUUUAACAUUGUAGAUAUAAAGCCUGCCAAUAUGGAGGAGCUGACAGAAGUCAUCACAGCUGCAGAGUGCCAUCCACACCAGUGUAAUGUAUUUGUGUACAGUAGCAGUAAGGGGACCAUCCGCCUCUGUGACAUGCGAGCCGCUGCCCUCUGUGACAGGCAAAGCAAAUUCUUCGAGGAGCCAGAGGACCCUAGCAGCCGGUCCUUCUUCUCCGAGAUCAUCUCCUCAAUAUCGGAUGUGAAGUUCAGUCACAGCGGCCGUUAUAUGAUGACCAGAGACUACCUGUCAGUCAAGGUGUGGGAUCUGAACAUGGAAAACCGGCCUGUGGAGACCUACCAGGUGCACGAGUACCUCCGUAGCAAGCUCUGCUCGCUGUAUGAAAACGACUGCAUCUUCGACAAGUUCGAGUGCUGCUGGAACGGUGCUGACAGUGCCAUCAUGACGGGCUCGUACAACAACUUCUUCCGGAUGUUUGACCGGAACACGCGGAGGGACAUCACGCUGGAGGCCUCUAGAGAGAACAGUAAACCUCGGGCCAUCCUGAAGGCUCGCAAGGUGUCCACCGGGGGGAAGAGGAAGAAGGACGAGAUCAGUGUAGACAGUCUGGACUUCAACAAGAAGAUCCUACACACCGCGUGGCACCCAAAGGAGAACGUCAUCGCUGUCGCCGCCACCAACAACCUCUACAUAUUCCAGGACAAGAUCAACUAAACUUAACAACCCCCCCCCCGAAACUGUUCCGACCCUCCCCGAACCCAGCCAUCAUACAUACCUACCGCGAAUGGACAGAAAUCUUGUACGUUGCAUAGUUAAAGAAUAGUCGUUAAAUCUGUUUAAAGAAACAACAACAGCCUUGUCUGUCCUCCUAAUGAAGAAGAAAUGUGAUGCACUUGUUUCGUUGUGUAGCCAGCCAGACGCCUGGUCGCCUGCUGGAGCCAGACGGCCUGUUUCUUUAGAGUCUGAGGUGUUGGUUGGUUGGUUUGCGUCCUGUCUCGUUGUGAGGGCAGACAGAGGCAGGCAGGAGCCCCAGGUCUGACUCUGGACAGACUAACCCGGGCCUGACAGCAGCAGAAACAUCGAUGGACAGCGGCUCAACAAA